AUGUUUCAAAGUUUAUGUACUAAUUUUUCCCAACCGAUAGCUGUAUUUGCUUCCAGAGGACCCGUGAAAGGUAUGGUUCUUGCUCAGUUGAUAAUAAAGACUAUUUCUAUCCUUGAAAACUCUGGAGCAAAAAUUGAUUUUAUUGUUUCUGAUGGUGCCUCAAUAAAUAGGAAAUUAUGGGUAGAAUUAGGAAUAUCUGGUUCAAUGGACUAUAUGCAAAAUUCUAUUAUUCAUCCUUCAGAUGAUUCCAGACAAAUAUUCAUGUUUUCGGAUGCACCACAUUUGAUAAAGAAUGUGAGAAACCAAUUACUUAACAAAAAAUCAUUGAGAGUGAGUGUUUUUAAAAUUUUAAAAAGAUUUGAAUAA